AUGCAGGAACAGCAGUUGAAGUAUAUGUCAGAACACGAUGCGUUCAGGCUGAUGCCUUCUGAUCACUGUUCAUCGCCAUCACCAGCAUCAUCAUCUUCCAAGUCAGCGAAAGAAGAGACUGUAUUUGACUUGCAAUACAAAUCACUUAUUGAUGAGGAGACAGUUCGCAUGAGAACUCUUCAGGAGAGGCUAUCAAGCGCCCAGCUCGCAAGGCAUUCUCAUAAAGAUUUCAAAGGGCAAGAUGAGAAUGAAGUUGCAGCUCGCUCGGUGUUUGUUGGAAACCUGAGUCAUCUCGUCACAGCUCAACAGCUACAAGAAAUAUUUAAGGGUAGCGUAAGCCGCGUCAACAGAGUAGAUAUCCAAGUCGAUACUAAGACGCAGUUGUCAAGGGGAUUUGCAUACGUUGAAUUUGCUCAGCCGAAAGACGUUGUGGAGGGUAUAAAGCUAAAUGGAAUGGUACUUCUCGAAAGGGCCUUGAAAGUGGUUCCCAAACGACCUCAAUCUGGUCAGAUUUUAAAUAGGGUUGGUUGGAGAGGGCAUUAUCCUAAACGGCGUCGUGGUCUUCACCAGGGUCAUUUGAGACCGUUCAUAAGGGGAAGUGGCAGAGGCUUCAUUCGAGGCAGAUCAAGAGGGAGAGGUAAGCGCUACAUUUGA